CAAAACCGAAUAGGAAGCUGACAUUCCUGUACUUGGCCAAUGAUGUCAUACAGAACAGUAAAAGGAAAGGACCAGAAUUUACAAAAGACUUUGCUCCUGUAAUAGUGGAGGCUUUUAAGCAUGUUUCAAGUGAGUCUGAUGAGAGUUGUAAGAAACACCUUGGCCGAGUGCUGUCUAUCUGGGAAGAAAGGUCUGUUUAUGAAAAUGAUGUAUUAGAACAACUUAGGCAAGCUUUGUAUGGAGACAGAAAGGUGAGGAAGCGCACAUAUGAACAGAUCAAAGUUGAUGAAAAUAACUGCUCACCUCGAAGUUCUCCCACUGAUCCUCCUCAGACCACAGAUCUCAUUAGAGCAUUACAAGAACUAGAAAAUGCUGCCUCUGGGGAUGCAGCAGUUCACCAGAGAAUAGCUUCCUUGCCUGUAGAGGUCCAGGAUGUGUCCUUGUUAGACAGAAUAACAGAUAAGGAAUCUGGAGAGCAACUUUCCAAAAUGGUAGAUGAUGCAUGUAUGUUGCUGGCGGAUUACAAUGGCAGGUUGGCAGCUGAAAUAGAUGAUAGAAAACAGCUAACUCGAAUGUUAUCAGACUUUCUCCGAUGUCAAAAAGAGUUCCUUGCAGAGAAAGAACAUAAGCUGGAAGAGUACAAACGCAAGUUAGCCAGAGUGUCCCAAGUACGGAAAGAACUCAGGUCACGCAUCCAGAACCUGCCUGAUCUCUCUCGACUUCCCAACGUCACGGGCAGCCACGUACACCUACCGUUUGCAGGAGACAUCUACAGCGAUGACUGAUUCCCAAACAUCCCCCAUAGCCUCUGCUUUUCUGUGGAAUGAGGGGUAGGCCAGACUGAUCGGUACUCUUGUAGUAUUAUUUUUGUAUAUUGUUGCAGAGUGUCAGUAAAAAUACUUUAAUAAUUUAUAAAAAAUGGUUUAAAAAGUUGAUUUGUUUACUAUUUUAUUGGUGAGUGAACAUAAGGGUACAUUUAUAAAAGUGGCAUCUCUGUCUGUUACAUGGAAGAACGAAUAAUUAUCUUUUGUAAAGAUUUUAGUUGGGUGCCCUGUAAAAAACAUGCUAAGAUUUUUCUUAUGUACCCUGUAUUUAAUGUAGAACAGUAUAUAAUCAAAACAUAAUUUUAACUUGAGACGUUUCCGUUGCUAGUGGGAGAGUGAAACAUGGAAAUCAUAGGCUUAGGUUUGCAAGAAGGCCAAUGCCAUUUAAUGCAAAGUUAAAAGUGAUCUUGCUGUCCAUUACAUUUAAAUUACCCACUCCCAAAACAAUGUGGGUUUUUUUGAAGUAAAUGUUAACAACCAAUUUUCUAUUGGAAAAUAUUAAUCAUGUUACACUGAGCAGAUCUUCAAACAACUCAAAAUACUACAAUAUUUUUGUAUCAUGUAGAAGUCAGCAUGUAGAAACUAUAAAAUUGACCAGUUAAUUAUGUUUUGAAAUUGUAGCUUUUUACAGCUGCUUAGUUUCUAAAUCGAGGGACCAUUCAUUUGCAAUCUAAUCCUGUUCUGGAACAUCUGUUUCCAUCUAAAAAGGUUAAUCCCAGAAAUGUGAAGCCAUUUUACAGUUUUAAUUAAAUUGAAAGGUCAUUCUCUAAACUGUCUUAGUUGCUAAAUGCCCGUUAUUAAAAUUUGACAAUGUACCAUCCAUACAUGCAACAAAAUGGUGAUACAGUUGUACUGUACAUCCUCUUCCACUGAGAAACCCUGGAGGCCAGCAUGGGCUACCACCUCCUCACCUUCACCUGCUCCAGCAAAUAUUUCUAAAUCUUGCUUGUCUUUUUCUCACACAACAGGAAGAGACUGUUCAGGCCUGUGUAUAACUCAAACAGCAGAAAACUAUUGCCCAGUUUAAAACCUCUGUUGCAUGCGAUAAGUGUGGUAUUUGUCAGGGAACAGCUGAAUUUGUGAAGAAUCCUUGUUUCCAUACUAUGAAUCACCUUUUAAGUUCACUUAAAGAUACAGAUAGGCAUUUAGCACAUUGCCAGGAAGUUGCAGCUUUUCAGUUCACUGGAAUGAGCCAUGUAAUCACUGAGUAAUUUUAGAAAUGCCUACCUGUACCUUUGGCAUUUUGAUGACCUAAAAGACCUGGGCUGCAAGUGUUUUAGGUGCCAAUAUCAAAAUCCGAGCACCAUUGGUUUGACCACAGCAUCCCAGAAUUCCCACUUCUUCCUGGUCAAACCACCACAUUUGGAUAUAUCAUAGGACUGUUUUAUGAUUGCGUUUUGUCCAUGGUUUUGCACUUGUCAGGCAUUGUUUUGUACCAGUUCAGCUCACAGUUUACAAGUUUAAUACACCUCACAUGAAAUCAAUUUUUUUUACAAAAAGCUGUUCUUCCUUUUUUAAACCCACAACAAUUCAAAAUAGUCCUGGAGUGAAAUUGUUCAAUUUCUGAAUUGUUCAGACAGUUAUCUGUCACUUGUUAUUGGCUUCUACAGGGCGAAUCACCAAAAUAGUUGUAGGAUGUGAAUGGAGAAAGAAUAACCACUCUCUUUAAAAUACAUACACUUGGACAUAGGCAUCUCAAUUCAGUUACUUUUUCUCAUGGAAGUUGCUAUGAAUUAGACCUCAGUUAAGUAGGGAAAAAGCCUGAAAAGAUAGAAAUACAAGCUGUUGACAUAGAAGUCCAUAGCAUGCAAUGUAGAAUACUGAUUUCCUAAAAAAUUCUGACUGACAAAUAGGAGUGUGCAAAAUAGUUAUCAGAGCUCACUACAGGUCCAAAAAUUUCAGUUUUGAGUGGCAAUUUUCCAUUCCAUACGAAAAAAAGAGCUGUGACUACAUUGAAUCCAGAAUAUUUAGUUUCUUUAAUUUAAGUGUAAUAUGCAAAAUUAAAUAACACUUACUGACAUCUUUUCAGUGUAGAUUCUUGAUAAGAAAAUGUUCUGAUACAAUUUUAAUGUUUCAAAUAUUUCUGUUGUAGAAUGUUAAACUCACAUAAAUUCUUACACACGUGUAUUUGCAUUGCAGUUGCAGUUAAAGCUCAGUUUUGCUAAAGAAUAGCACCAAAUUUGUGGUAAAUAUUAAACCAGCUUAAUCUAUUAGGAAUUCUAAAACAAAUCAUAGAACUAGAGGCAUAAAUAGUGAGUUCAUGGUUGAAUUCCAUCCAUAGAAAACUUAAUUUAUGCCCAGAGAUGAUUAUAAGUGCAGUGACAAGGCUUAUUAGACUAUGCUGAAAGAUCUAUAUUGGAUACUCAGAAUCAUAGGGAAUUAAGCUUAAACAAUCUUUUUCAGCCUGAAUUGAAAUUAGUUGUAAUAAUAAAGUUGAGUGCUGAAUUUUCUUGAUCUCUCAAAGGUUUUAAAAAAAACAUGACAUUUACUUCACUGGAUCUGUUUUUCCUAUUCAUAACUCCUGGUGAUAACAUUGCUUAUCUAUAGGUAAUGUAGAACUGAUAAAAGACUGAGGAAAACCUCAACUUUUUCUUGCUGUAUAUAAGUUUUAAUUUUGAGAGAGUGUUAUUUUCUAGAUAUAUUUUUCCUUAUUUUACUGUGAAAUUGUUUACUUCAAGGAGUUUUUCAUAGCUGGGGUUUUGGAAAUGAUCCCUCAAUAUUUGUUUGGAAAAGAGGGCUUGUGAAAGGCAAAGGUCACUCUUAGAGGAAGUUUCAUAUAUUAAUGGCUGAAUGGUACGCUGGGGUUUUUUUAUUUAUAUGGGAAAGGCGUUGGGUAUCAAGUAGUUAGGAGAUUUAUACUGUAACUGUAAUAGUAUAGCAGGAGAUAGCAUGGUAGAGAGUACAGAUGCAGCCCUGUAGUGUCCAAAAAUACCUCCAAAUUCUCAGGUUCCAAAGCUCAAUGUACGUACUUGUGACAUCUCAGGAAGAAAAGAGGCUGGGUGCGUAAGGGUAGGGUGCCGAAGAGACAAAAGGGAGAACAUGCCUGGGUGGAAAGGUAGAGCAAACCACAUGUCAGCUUCUGUCAAAACAGAAAUAAGUGUGAAACUGGGCAGCACAAUGUUUUAUCUGUAGGUGGGGUUGUACCACAGAACUGCUUUGGGGUGUUGCCAUCCUGGGAAAGAAAAUGCAUGGGCUUACCCUGCCUACCUCUUCUAAUGUGGUCUGGCUCUAGGCAAUGCAGAAUGCCCGCCAUACAAAAGGCACAAUUAUAAAAUAUCUGAAUAUUUUUAGUCUAAUAAUAAAGUCAUAAUAAUUAGAUUAUUUGCUUCACUAUAUUGCACUUUUAUUAAGCAUUCUCUGAAAAAAGCAAAGAUAUUCCUGCAGCACUUUGCCAUAUGAGAAUGCUUACCUUGGAGGUCACUGGGACUGCUUGUAUGUAUAUUCUAGUGUUUGCAGGCUCAAACUGUGUUUUUUGCAGAAUGUUUUGAAAGAUAUCAGGAAUACUACCCCACUUUUGUGGUUUUAAAAAUAAAUGUGAAGUCCUUAGUUACAAAAGUUGCCAUUCUUAGAAAUUAUGUUUCAUGACUUCUUUUGGAAAUUAGACCACAGCCUGCAGUAAUACUAGCUUUUCUGAUUCACUCUGUAAUGUUUGUAUUAAUAUAUUAAAGCACCUCUGUUAAUCCCUAGCAACACAACCCAAACCACAUGCUUAUUAUGUAUUUUAUCCAAGUAGUCUUCUGAGUGUCAAAUUGAGAGCUUUCAUUAUGAUGAAAUUACAUUCCUGCUUACCUGAAGUUUCAAAAAACCCAUUGUGUUAGGACUUGCACAGACUAGUUCUGCUCUCACAUCUCAGUGGUAACUCAGUUUGGUCCUUUGAUGAUGACCCAAACACAUAUGUAGGAAGGAUGCAGUAGCCAGCGGUGCAGAUGACAGUGGAGGACGUGGAAAUCAUACAUAGGCUUGGUUGGCCCUCUGCAGAAGAGCCUUUUGAAACAUAAGGAAAUAGAUCUGUGGGUGUGGGGUUUUUUUCAGUGGGAAAAUCAGUGAAAACCAGCACGUCCAAAAUUUGAUGGUUACAUUUACAAAUGUUUAGGUCAGUUCUGCUCAUUACAUUUAAUCACAGUGAUUAUUCCUGCAAGUAAAGAAAGCAGGCUCAAACAUAGUGGCUGAAGUGGAAAUUUUUUUAAUGAAUGACCAAUUUUGUCUCGGCUCCUAUUUCAGUGUGUCAUUUAUCUUGAUUAAGUAGUAAGCCUCUUCCAUCGUGUUAUUUAGGAAUCUAAUUCUGACUUCAUAUUUACAAUAGUUGAAGUAUCCUACUAAGCAUGAUGUUUUUGUGGGAAUUUGAAAAAGUUCAAUAGCACUCAUUACUUGUUUGCAACAGAAAUAGACUUAUUUGUUAAAAGCUAACAAGAAAAGUUUGAAAUGUAAAGAUGUUUCAUUAUUGUGCUUUUCUGACAGAACCUGUAAUCCUUGUGUAAUUUAUGUCCUCAGAAUUACACCUGUAUGUACGCUCUUUCAUAUUUAAUAAAACAUUGUUGUAAAAACA